CCGUAGACAUAAAAGCCGGGUUCCGGGACGCUAGGGUUAGGCUCGCGGCGGAGGCGUGGAUAUGGCGUGUGGCAGGAAGAGACCGGAGCACGGCGGGCCCCCGGAGCUGUAUUAUGACAAGAAUGAAGCCCAGAAAUACGUGCGCAACUCACGGAUGAUUGAUGUCCAGACCAAGAUGACUGGGCGCGCAUUGGAGCUCCUUUGUCUGCCAGAGGGUCAGCCCUGUUAUCUGUUGGAUAUUGGUUGUGGUUCUGGGCUGAGUGGAGAUUAUCUCUCGGAUGAGGGGCACUAUUGGGUGGGCAUCGACAUCAGCCCUGCCAUGCUGGAUGCGGCCUUGGACCGAGAAACUGAAGGAGACCUGCUUCUGGGGGACAUGGGCCAGGGCAUUCCCUUCAAACCAGGCACCUUUGAUGGUUGUAUCAGCAUUUCCGCAGUCCAGUGGCUCUGUAAUGCAAAUAAGAAGUCUGACAUUCCCGCCAAGCGCCUGUACUGCUUUUUUUCUUCUCUUUACUCUGUGCUGGUCCGUGGAGCCCGGGCUGUGCUGCAGCUGUAUCCUGAGAACUCGGAGCAGUUGGAGCUAAUCACGGUCCAGGCCACCAAGGCUGGCUUCACCGGUGGCGUGGUGGUGGACUUCCCCAACAGCGCCAAGGCAAAGAAGUUUUAUCUCUGUUUGUUUUCUGGACCUGCGACCUUUCUGCCAAAGGCCCUGACAGAAGCUACUGAUGAAGAGGCCACAGAGUCUGCAUUCACCCGGGAGAGAGGAUGUGCCUGUGGUUCAGCCCCCUCCAUCCAGCAUAGACUCCCUCUUGUCCUCACUCUGGGGUCCACAGAUGACAUGUGCUAACUGUAAACUUCGGUAAGCAUCCGUUUCCUGUCUGUUUAAGAAGGUGGUAAUGCCAGCACCCGGGCAGCGUGUUGAGGGGUGGAGUGCGUGUGUACGCAGACUCGGCACAGUGCCCGGUGCGGGCCCGUCUCCCCAGGUCUGCAGGCGCACGCUCUGUAGGUCCUUGGCUGUGGGAGGCCAGGGGGCUAUUGUCCUUUGGGAGGAUUAUCCAAUCUUCUCAUGUUCUUGUCCUUUUUGUCUAAUUGUUCUGUUGUUCUAUCUCUCUCUGUCUCUGAUGACUCAGUCUACCUGUGGCAUUUGCCACUACAGACUAGCUUUCCUCUUAGCACCUUUGGUCUGGGGCACUCACUCACUGCCUCCACUGCUCCCUUUAUCUGCUCUCGUGACUCUUUCCCAUUGUUCUUUUUCUGGCUCACAGCUUGCCCCCCAGCUUUUCCUUCCUUCCAAACCCUUGAUCACUCGUCCUGCACUUGGAGCCCCCAGUUGGCAGCUGCCUCCUGUUUUGCACUUGGUGCAUCAGACUCCUGGCCCCUGGUUGUGGGCAUUCAUAACGUUUCUCUCAUGCCCCACUGCCUGUACUGCUGAGGGCUCUAGAUCACGUUGUAUCACUUCUUUGCCAUGAAAUGAAACGUCACUGGCUGCUCACUGAAGGGAGAGUGCACUCCUUGCCUGUAUUCACACCUCCCCGCACUGGCCCAACCAAGUGAGAUUCUGAGGUCUUUUUUCUUUUUAACAUUUUUUAAUGUUUUUACUCAUUUUUGAGAGAAAAUGUGAGCAGGGG